GGAACAUUCCAUUUUAUCAUUCUUCAAACAUUAUGGGAACGUUACUUUUGAAUGUUCUCUGAACGUUCUGAAAUGAGAAGUUAGUAACGUUUAAAAAACAUUAGACAACGUUAUAAACGUUCAGAAAAUACCUUCUAUGAACGAUGUAUAAAUAAUGUUUUUGUUCUGACGUUUUGAGAACAUUAAUUAAGACCUGAACAAACGUUUUAUUAACGUUACUCGAAUGUUUGUUUGUAAUUUACAUUUAACAUUCUGUAAAUGUUCCUGUACUUUUAUAAGUGAUCAGAAAUGGAUGAAAGCAACAAUAACGGUAAGUUUUCUACUAUCGCCACUCACAUUUACUUCAGAAAGUCUAGUUAGGAAAUGAAAUAACCAGGAUGUUUUUUCCUCCUCCACACAACCUCAUCAGGGAACUUCUGAAAGUGAUUUGAGUUUUAAUUAUGACAGAGAUCAUCCGUCAGACUUGUGCGGUGAGUUUCUGCCUCCUCCUCGAGUGUGUGUGUGUGUGUGUGUUUGUCCCCCUUUAUAUCGCCAAUGUGCCAAGUUGGAUCGACCACAAAGAGACGGAGCGGGUCUGAUCACACGUUCACAUCUCAAUGUGGGACAGCAGAAAGUGGCAUCAGAGGGAAAGAGGAUUAAAGUAGGUUUUUCUCCUCCUCCUCUCUUCCUCUUUCUCUUCCUCAUGGGUGUGUGUUUUUUUGGCAGGGUCACCUGAGUCCUCCGAUUGGCCGCGGCUAGCAGGUAGCGAAGUUUGCCGGAUAGAAGGCGCGCGCGAGACGCUUUGAUGCCGUCCCCAGUUACUUAAACACAACAACCUUCAUUAAUUCACAACGACGGUCCCAUCAGGUUCGUUAACAGCGGCACAGACACUCACCGUCUCCGUUAUUAAGUAUUAAUCCUCGUGUUUCUAGGUGUUGGAUUCAGGCUCUUCCGCUGCCAAAGGCCUGGUUUACACGCCGUUGCGGGAUUGAUGCCGCCGGUUUGUCCCUCCGGACUGGAAUAUUCUGAUCCUGGAGCAGUUUUGUCUUCGCUCAGGAACUGCUGCAUGUAGAUCAGCUAUAAUCCAGCUAACAAAAAUAUGUUCGUUUGAACAUACGUUUGGUAAAAUUGGCAUUAAGUUAUGAAAACGUUUUUUCUGAACGUUCAGGGAACAUUCCAUCUAUUCUUCAAACAUUAUGGGAACGUUACUUUUGAAUUUUCUCUGAAAAAAUGUUUGAGGAACAUCCAAUUAAAAUGUUUCAGAAAAAAUAAAUAAAUAAAGUUUUUGUGCUCAUGUUUUGAGAACAUUAUUAAAGACCAGAUAACUCUGAACGAACGUUCUAUUAACGUUACUGGAAGAACGUUUGUUCAUAACUUCGAGAGAACAUUGCCAGAACGUUCCCUGUUCGCUGUACGGAAGUAGUUUUUUUAUCACUUCUUGAGAAUAUUAAACAAAACAGAUUUUUUUUAGUGUGUUAUUUCGAUUUUUAAAAAUAAUAGCGGAAUAAAAAUUAUAUAAUAAAAAAUUAAAGUGAUCUUAAUUUUACUUUUUUAUGAUUUAAUUAAUUAUUAGUUUUCAUCAACUCACAACCCCCAUGUCGUUUCUGGAUUCUGAUUGGCUGUUGGUGUUUUUAUCAGAUACCAGUUGAAAAAAGAAUCGUGAUAUCGUUAAUCUAAGUCAUUAUCAUUAAAUAUUUUUUUGUUUGUUGAAUUUUACACAAAUUUACAAACAAACACGGCAUAUAUUAAAUCGCUAAAACUCAAUAUUUUUUACAAAAAUAAAAUAGAUAUAUUAAAACUUUCUCAAAUUUUACUUUUCCAAAAGUAAAAUCAUCUUAAAGGCUUUCUUGUCUUUACCAAGUUUCAUAGAUUUGCUCUCGAGUUUAACUCCAUUCUCCCACAUUUGAGCUUAAAUUUAAAACUUUUACACUUAAAAGAAAUUAACUACAAAAUCUGUAUCUUUGUUUACCAAAAAAUCUACCCAGAAAGGUUGCACAAAUUAACAAAGAAAAAAACAUAUUUUUUUAUAUGUUUCACAAAAUACACAAUUAUUCACAUCAAAAUGUUAAAAAUGUGUUUAUUGGAUAAUUGUUGUUUAUUGAAUGCUUCAAAAAUUUACAAACAAGCACGGCAUAUAUUAAAUCACUAAAAUACAAUUGUUUUUACAAAAAUAAAAUAGAUAUAUAAAAACUAAAAAGAAAAGGGCUUUCUCAAAUUAGUUUAUACUUUUCCAAAAGUGAAAUCAUCUUAAGGGCUUUCUUAUCUUUACCAAGUUUCAUAGAUUUGCUCCUCAUUCUCCAUCAGUUGGGCUUAAAUUAAAUUAAAUAAAAAAAAAAAAAAUAAAUUAACAACAAAAUUUAUAUCUUUGUUUACAAAAAAAAUCUUUCCAAAAAGUUUGCACAAAUUAACAAAGAAGAAAUCUAAAUUUUCGUUACGUUUCACAAAGUACACAAUUAUUCACAUCAAAAUGUAAUCUUAAAAAUGUGUUUAUUGGAAAAUCAGUCAAAACAUUUGAAGUCAUUAUAGUGGAUUUUGCUAAUUUCUUAGAGUUCGAAUGAUUCUUAAAACUUUACAGCUAUCAUCUUUACUGUGAACAGGCCUUAAUUAUUAUUUUUCACUACAAAUUUCUGCAUUUAAUUCAGCUCAAAGACUCAUUCAAACCUUGUUUUAAUAGUUUCAUUGUUGAAUAAAACUUUACAAUAAAGUUUAAUUUGUAGUUAACUACACUAGUUAACAUGAACUAACAAUGAUCAAUAUUUCUAGAGCAUUAAUUAAUUUUCAUUAAUAUUAAUCUCAACAUAUAGUAAAAUACUUUUAAGAUUAAAAGUUAACAAACGAGACCAUUUUUUGUUUGUGUAAACCUCAUUUUUAAAUAACAAUUUUUUAACACUUUUAAUAUCCUGUUUCAAUGUUCAAAAGCAGACUGAAUUACAUCAUUCUAUUAUUUGCAUAUCACAUUGUGAUUGCUUUGUUUUCUUGCAUAUAUUUGCAUUUAUAUUGACCUUUGCAGAGAACUUCAACAUAAAACUAGAACACCGUCUUACAAACUGUGAGAUUUCAUCCAGGAGACGCUCCUCUAGAGUUGUAAGAACGUUUAGUCUCUCUCUGUAAUGUAUAUGAGGGUGUUAAAAUGCUGAUCAGCACAUCUGGAAUCUUUCGGAUGUGUUUCGGAGCAGUUUUAGCCCUGAGCUCUUUCCCGGUUUCUCAGUGUGUGUUUUACUAACACCAGUUUCACAUCCUCCCAUUCUUUUUCUAUUUCUCUCUCUCUCUCUUCAAGACAAAGGAAAGCUCUCAUCCAAUCAGACGCGGCCGCUCUACUGUUCUCAUUAAGAGUGGGCGGAGUCUUGCGGUGAGAGAGGGAGUGAUUAGGAGUCUUUAUAUUCACUUGGGUCAGAACUUCAGCGGAUGACUCCGGAUACGGAUCCAGACCGGAGCAGAGAACCGGCAUGGGGACGUGGACACGCACACUCCACCAGGAGACGGACCGUGACGAGUCUCUUCUGAAGUGCGAUGAACGGACCGCGUCUGUGAAGCUGAAGGAGGUGGUUGGUUGCACACAUGCAGACUGUCACUGUGAGUCUUUCCUGCCAGGACGACGUCAGAUCAGGUCAUGUGAUCGCUGUGGUCACGGCUGGGUCGCCCACGCUGUGGGGAAGGUGUGCGGCCCGGCGGUCCUGUGUUCGGGGCAGGUGGAGAUCGUCCAGAGUCACGUGGUGUUUGACAUCAGCAGUCUGAUCCUGUAUGGAACGCAGGCGCUUCCUGUCCAGAUGAAGAUCCUGCUGGAUCGGUUGUUCAGUGUCCUCACACACACACAGGUGCUCAACAUCAUACACACUCUCGGCUGGACGCUGCGUGACUAUGUGAGAGGAUACAUGCUGCAGGACUCCAUGGGGAAGGUCCUGGAUCGCUGGGUCACCAUGAGCCCGGAAGACGAGGUCGUGACCUUGCGUCAGUUUCUGCGUUUUGGCGAAACGAAAUCCAUCGUGGAGCUCAUGUCUGAGGAGAUCCGGCCGGAGACGGCGUUCAGAGCCGACGUCCGUCACAGUCCCAGAGAAACGCUGCAGCACUUCGAGAAUCUGCCGGGAGGAACUCUAGCGUUCCUGCAGCCCUUUCACUACAUCAGUCCGUCCCCGUUCCCUCCCUCACCGGCUCUGGUGCCUCAUCCCGCCACGCAGAAACUACAACGGCUGAGCCAACAGAACCGCGGCGAGACGAGACCCAGAAACCCAAGAGGAACGUCGCUGCUACAAAAACACGACGAGCAGCGUCUCCGUCCUCCGAUCGCAGAUUCCUCGGGAGCACACGAGCGCCGGCACGGAUCGUCCUCGAGUAAAGGCCGCGUGAGCUGCGACGCCUGCGCCAAGACGUUCUACGAUAAAGGAACGCUGAAGAUCCACUUCAACGCCGUGCACCUGAAGAUCAAGCAUCGCUGCACGAUCGCCGGCUGCAACAUGAUGUUCAGCUCCCUGCGCAGCCGCAACCGGCACAGCGCAAACCCCAACCCGCGCCUGCACGCCACGCUCCAGCACGCCGCCCGCAGAUUCACCGCUCAACCUCGCCGGACGCCGCUGCCUGUUUCCAUGGCAACCAACAACACUGACCAUCGGAAAGACCUUCCAGGCGGCCGUGAAGCUCACGGUAUCUCAGGAGGCGGAGCUACAGCCAAUCAGAACGGCCUCGGUGACGUGAUCGACGUGACGCCAAAGAAGAAGUCACGGAAGUCCAGCACGCCGCUGAAGCUCAAGCGAGAGAUUCGCAGUGAGGAUGAUGAUCACAUCACGACUGUUCACGACGGUCUCCGUGGCAACAAGCAUCAUAUAUUCAACACCCAUACGCAAUACAAACACCUCGAUAAGACGGAGUGCGGUUAUCAUAGCAACAUGGAAGAGAGAAAUGAUUGGAUGACUGGAGAGAUUUCAAGAGUGGACGACGAAUGGAAAGGAAGAUUUCGACCUCUACUAAAGGUCAAAGAGGAGCUGGGUGGCCCCACCUGUGACUGUAGAGGUCAUCACCAUAGCAACCUGUGACAAUGUGAAAUCAAAUCUGACUCUGUGUUCCUGCUUUUAUUGUGAGCGAUUCAUCAGUGCGCUAUUGUUAUUAUUAAAAAAAAUUAACUGUGUUUGUGAACUCAAAAACAAAAUAUAACUUUAUUUUACCUUAUUAUAUUACAUGUUUCAACAAUGAUGUAAAAAGAAAAGAAAAAAACUGUCUUUACUCAAAAUCGACCCCGAAACUUUAAGAAUUCUGUUGUAGGACCAGAACAAGUGGAACUCAGUAAAAUAAAGUUAACCAAAACCAAUCUUUUUCAACUGAUGACCAUUCAAAAGUUGUUUAUGAAUUUAUUAAUUGAGUUUAAAAACAUGUAACAACUUGACUUCAUUUUAUUAUGAUGAUUCGGUGUGAAGUGUUUAUUAUUUAUAUAAACGAUUAUUUCACCACUGGAA